AUGACUGAUCAUUUACAUGACACACUCCACAAUGAAACCAUGGCUCCCAAUGCACUUCUAGUACAAACUGUCACCUCAAAUGCCGACGGUACGGCAAACGAUAUUCGUACCAACUACGACGAAUCGGACAAUGAGAGUGAAAAACCUAUUCUGUUGGAAUUAGGUGCCAGUUCGAAUGUCACAGCCACUACAACAGAAUUAAGCUCAGUGCCCUAUGCCAGUGAUUAUCCUUUGGACAUACAUUUAAAUAAUGUCUAUGGCAUAAGUGUUCCAACACACUCCCACACUUACCACACAGAUUCGUCACUACUAUACAAUAAUUCUUAUAACGAUGGAACAACAGCGACUACACAUCAAACCCUGCCACAUCCAUCUCAUCAGUGUAACGCUUCAACAUCACUGAUUUCUUUGAAUACCGUGCCCUAUACGGUGCACAUACCACAAACAGUUUAUACUUGGUCGACGCCAACACCGCUGACGAGUAUAACGCCCACAGAACUUAAUACCAAAUUGACAACGGAAAUUGUACCACCACCGGUUUAUAUGUCUUAUCCGGAUGCUCGCGAGCACACGAUCAGUAAAGAAGCAAAUCCUUCAUGGAAGGUCAAAGCUUUGCAAAGUGAAAAAGACUACAAAAAGACUGCCUGUGAUCGAGAACGCACACGCAUGCGUGAUAUGAAUAAAGCAUUCGAUCUACUACGUUCGAAACUACCAAUUUCAAAACCAAAUGGUAAAAAAUAUUCCAAAAUAGAAAGUUUACGCAUAGCCAUCAAUUAUAUAAAUCAUUUACAAAAAACCCUUAAAGAUAGUACGUCUGAUGCAAAUCACCAAACACCUGUGGAAUACUUGACCGAAUUAAAUGUGCGACGACGUUCGCAUGCGUAUCGCUUUGAAAAUCAUAAUAAAUGCAACUCCUUCGAUGACAACAACGAUAAACUUGAAAAUUUAGAUGAAUCCCGAAGUACAUGGAGUGAUGGUUACAUACCAAAUAGUGAGGAUAAAUGGGAGUGAUGAUAAAUGUGUGUGUUUAUGAGUUAAAUACCAAAGAUUAAAGAAAGUAUAAAGUGUUUUUGAGUACAAAAUAAAA